UUCAACGAUUAAUCAUGGCUUCUUACACUUCAAUGUGCUUGGUCUUCUUGACAAUUUUAAUCAGUCAUCCAAUCAUCGGCGUUCAAGUAUAUGAACAAUCGGUAUUCACAUCAUCUCAUCCUCCUGAAUCACAUGAUAGCGCACCAAUAAAAAGUACUAGCUUAGUAAGACAAUUUAUUACGGGAGGUGGUGCCCAUAUUUCUGGUUCGGCCAAUGGCUUUGGUCAAGCUGGAGCUUCAGGCGUCGGUGGUGGAUUUGGCCAAGGACAAGGUUUCAAUAGUGCAUCUAAUAAUGGUGCUGGAACUUUAGGCUCAAGCAAUUUGUAUAGCAAUAAUGGAGGAUUUGGUUCUGAAUUUGGAGGAGGGAGUGGAAUAGGGGUUUCUGGUUGGGGUGGUGGUUUUGGGGAAAGUAAUGAAUUUGAAGAUACUUCUGGUAGCGGAGGAAAUGGUUUUGGAAGUGGUUUUGGAGGGGGAAAUGGUCAAGGAGUGACUGGAAAUUUAGGUAAUGGUGGAACAUCAGGGGGUAAUACAGUUAACGGAUUUGGAGCUGGUAGUGGAACAACAUCUGGAAAUGGCUUUGGUAAUGGUAAUGGAGCAACAUUUGGAAAUGGUUUUGGUUCAGGUAAUGGUGGAACAUCAGGAGCAGCAUUUGGAAAUGGAUUUGGGGCAGGUAAUAGUGGUAAUUCUGGAGCUGCAUCUGGAAAUGGAUUUGGGGCAGGUAAUGGUGGAACAUCGGGAGCAGCAUUUGGAAAUGGAUUUGGGGUAGGUAAUAGUGGUACUUCUGGAGCAAUAUAUAAUGGAAAUGGCUUCAGUGCAGGUAAUAGUGGUACUUCUGGAGCUGCAACUGGAAAUGGGUUUGGGGCAGGUAAUGGUGGAACAUCGGGAGCAGCGUUUGGAAAUGGCUUUGGAACAGGGAAUAGUGGUACCUCUGGAGCUGCAUCUGGAAAUGGAUUUGGGGCAAGUAAUGGUGGAAUUUCUGGAGGUGGAUUUGGAGGUGGACAAGGUAAUGGUUUUGGAGGUGGACAAGGUAAUGGAUUUGGAGGUGGACAAGGUAAUGGAUUUGGAGGUGGACAGGGUAAUGGAUUUGGAGGCGGACAAGGUAAUGGAUUUGGAGGCGGACAAGGUAAUGGAUUUGGAGGCGGACAAGGUAAUGGGUUUGGAGGUGGACAAGGUAAUGGGUUUGGAGGUGGACAAGGUAAUGGAUUUGGAAAUGGUCAAGCAACAGGAUUUGGGGAAGGUUAUGGAUCAGGAACCGAGGAAGGUUAUGAAGAAGGUGAAGGAUUUGGUUCAGGAACUGCAUUAAAUGGUGGUUUUGGAAACUUACAAGGUCAAAACCAAAUAUCUCAAUCAGGAGGUGGAGCAGGUGGUCAAGGGGGUGGGCAAUUUGGAGGUGGAGCUGGUAGUCAAGGGAGUGGGCAAUUUGGAGGUGGAGCAGAUGGGCAAGGAGGUGGGCAAUUAGGAGGUGGUAUUGGAUUUGGUUUUGGUGGAACUGGAAACGGGGAAUUCGAUAAAAAAUAAUAAAAAUAUAUUUUUGUAAUAACAUUUAAAUUGAACGACAUAUUUAUUUAAAUU